AUGAUAACACCAUCAUUUUCAUUAAAUCAAGAUGACAAUCACAUAUAUAUUGAUAUUCACGCAGUUUUUAUUCGUACACAAAAUAUAGAGAUUUAUAUAGAAGGAAAUGAAUUUAUAUUCUCAGCAGCACCAUAUUAUCUCAGGCUUUAUUUGCCAGGAAAAGUUAUUGAAGACAAGUUUAGCGAAAUGUCUUAUGAUAUUUCAGCAGAAAAAGUAAAAAUAAAAGUGUCUAAAGAGACUCCUGGAGUUUUCUUCAAUGAUUUGGACCUAAUAUCAACUCUUCUUGCAAAACCUAGAGCAUCUUGCGACAAAAAAGAAUCUAAAUCACUAAUUGAAGUUUUAAAUGAAAAAAAUACACAAGGUAUUACUAUAGAAAAUGUGUAUAAUGUGAAAGAAAACCGUUGGAGUAACAUAUUAUUAGAUAAUUUUCAACAAAAUACUCAAAGCAUUAAUUCAUUCCGUCUUGCUGAAGACAUUUCGUUUGACUGGCAGCUUCCACAGGAAAUUUGCAAAGAAAAUCUACAUUUACAAUCAUCCUAUGGAUUUAAUGCUCAAUAUAGCAACUAUAUUAAAUCUCCUGCUCAUGUAGAAAAUGACAUUAAUGAAAUUGGUGAUCCAGAACAUAGUAGUCCAACAUCUCGUACAGAAGAACGUAUUUUAAAAGAAAAUCUCAAGUUUGAUGAAGAACACUAUAUAGCAGAUUAUAUAGAAGAUAAUGAAAUUCAAGAAUGCAUUAAUUGGGAAUCUAAAGAGCAUGCAAUUCUUCGUUCUCUAGAAAAAAAGGCAUUAUCCUCAGAAAAAAAAACUAACUUUUUAGAGACAAUUACUCUUACAAAAGAAGAACAAAUUGAAAUCUUAAAACUUCCUCGUCGUGAAUAUAUUAUUGAAAAUCCUAAAUCUACUUAUUUAUGUAUACUUUCACUCUUAUUUUCUUAUUCUUAUGAUGCUCGAACAACUCAAAACGAGCCUACAUCUGAAUCACCAUGGACAAUAGGUAAACUUUCACCUGUUUUAUCAUGUUUAGACAUGUCUUUUUCCACAAUAAAACAAAUUGUAAUUGCUUGUACACGUAGGGCCUUGGCAUAUCCAUUAUAUAGACAUUGGAAACUUAUUCAAAAAUGCUGGGAAGAUGUAUAUUGCAGUUUAAGACUGGGAAAACGUUGGAUUCUUAAAAAAUUUUUGGAGAUAAGAAAACUAUUUGAACAAGGCGAUACAUACUAUUUAUAUAAUAAACUUUUUUUGGAUGAUUAUUCCGUAUGGAUACAAACAGCAAGUGAUUCUGUUAUUCGGAGUUUAGCGCACGAACUUCGUCAUUUAGAAAUUAAAAAAAAUGAAAUCAAUUGGGAACUUGAAGAACUAGAAACUACCGCAAACAAACUAUAUUUAGAAGAGUCAAAAACAAAUAUAAAAUCAUAUGAAAAAAACUAA